AUCCUGAGAAGUGAUCAUAGCUCCCUGCAGCCUCCGCCUCCCAGGCCCACGAGAUCCUCUGACCUCAGCCUCCUGAGUAGCUGAGACUACAGGUGUGAGCCUCCGUGCCUGGCUACGUUUUUGCUUCUUUGGACAGACAAGGUCUCGUUACAUGGCCCAGGGUAACAUGAAGCUCCUGGCCUCAAGCCAUCCUCCUCCCUCAGCCUCCUGAAGUGCUGGGAUUCCAGGUGGGAGGCACCACGGUAGGGCCUGCAUUUCUCCUCUGUGAUAAUGGCACACACAGCUCAGCCUGGACUGCACAGCCAGGUGUCAGGUGCGUCUCUGCUGACCUGAGCCUGCCUGCAGCACGGACCUGCGUCCUCCCUGAAGCAUCUCCAGGGCUGGAGAGACGAUGGCCUUGGUGAGGACCCCACACCGCUGUGCUGAGGGACGGGCUGAAGAAGGGAGGGAGACCCCAUGGGGAGGCUCUGAGAGGGAGGAGAAGCCCAUGGUCACCCCCCAGAAAGGGGUUAACUCAGGAAGGCAUCGGGGCUAUUGGCUGCUACAUCCCAGCUCUCAGUGAGAUGAAGACAAACCAGACAGACAGUGGUUGGGGGUCAGGAAAGACCCCAUUACAGUCUGAAAUGUCUGCAGAGGGGGUGAACCCACCCCCACCUCAGCCCUAAAGAAAUGAGAGCCAGGCUCCUUGGGAGGUCAGUUUUCCUUCCUGUGUGGCUGCAGAUGACACAACCCCAUGACAAGAAUGACCAAGCCACCAAGUGUCCACACCCUGUGUCUCUGUCCUGCCAGCACCGAGGGCUCAUCCAUCCGCAGAGCAGGGCGGUGAGAGGAGACGCCAUGACCCCCAAUCUCAUGGCCCUGAUCUGUCUCGGGUUGAGUCUGGGCUCCAGGACCCACGUGCAGGCAGAGACCUUCCACAAGCCCACCCUCUGGGCUGAGCCAGGCUCUAUGAUCACCCAGGAGAGUCCCGUGACCCUCAGAUGUCAGGGGAGCCUGGAAACCCAGGAGUACCAUCUAUAUCGAGAAAAAAAAACAGCAUACUGGAUUACAUGGAUCCCACAGGAGCUUGUGAAGAAGGGCCAGUUCCCCAUCCAGUCCAUUGCUGGGGAACACACAGGGCGGUAUCGCUGUCAGUAUCACAGACGCACUCGCUGGUCAGAGCCCAGUGACCCCCUGGAGCUGGUGAUGACAGGAUAUUACAGCAAACCCACCCUCUCAGCCCUGCCCAGCCCUGUGGUGACCCCAGGAGGAAGCGUGACCCUCCAGUGUGGCUCACAGGUGGCAUUUCAUGGCUUCAUUCUGUGUAAGGAAGGAGAAGAUGAACACCCACCGUGCCGGAGCUCCCAGCCCCGUACCCGUGGGUCGUCCUGGGCCGUCUUCUCCGUGGGCCCCGUGAGCCCCAGUCGCAGGUGGAUGUACAGGUGCUAUGGUUAUGACUCUCACUCUCCCUAUGUGUGGUCUUCACCCAGUGAUCUCCUGGAGCUCCGGGUCCCAGGUGCUUCUGAGAAGCCAUCACUCUCAGUGCAGCCGGGUCCUGUCGUGGCCCCUGGGGAGAGUCUGACCCUCCAGUGUGGCUCUGAUGUCGGCUAUGACAGGUUUGCUCUGUACAAGGACUGGGGACCUGACCUCCUCCAGCGCCCUGGCCGGCAGACCCAGGCUGGGCUCUCCCAGGCCAACUUCACCCUGAGCCCUGUGAGCCGCUCCCACGGGGGCCCGUACAGAUGCUUGGGUGCCCACAAUGUCUCCUCCGAGUGGUCGGCCCCCAGUGACCCCCUGGAUGUCCUGAUCUCAGGACAGAUCCCUGACAGACCCUCCCUCUCAGUGCAGCCGGGCCCCGUGGUGGCCUCAGGAGAGAACAUGACCCUGCUGUGUCAGUCACAGAGCCCGAUGGACACUUUCCUUCUGACCAAGGAGGGAGCAGCUGAUGCCCCCGUGCAUCUACGAUCAAAGUACCAAUCUAGUAAGGACCAGGCUGAAUUCCCCAUGAGUCCUGUGACCUCAGGCCACGCAGGGACCUACAGGUGCUACAGCUCACGCAGCUCCGACCCCUACCUGUUGUCUCACCCCAGUGACUCCCUGGAGCUCGUGGUCUCAGGCCCUGAGGACCAGCUUGUCCCUCCCACAGAGUCGGAUCCCCAGAGUGGAGCAGCUGAGACCCUCAGCCCAUCACAAAACAAGUCCCACUCCCAGGAUGCCUCACACCCCCAGGAUUACACAGUGGGGAAUCUCAUCCGCAUGGGCGUGGCCGGCUUGGUCCUGGUGGUCCUCGGCGCUCUGCUCUUUGAGGCUCAGCGCAGCCAGAGAAGCCCCCAGGAUGCAGCCAGGAGGUGAACAGCAGAGAGGACAGUGCGGCCUUCAGAGUGGUGGAAACCUGAGAACAGAUCUAAUGAUCCCAGCAGGUUCUGGAGACAAUUUAGGGCUGAUGCUAUCUGGACUGUCUGCCAAUCAUUUCUAGAGGGAAGAGUACAGAGACAUUUUCUGGGGUGAUCCAUGGAGGACCAUGAACAUAUGAUACUUCCCUCUCUAUGAAUGUUGACUUCCCUUCGUUGGGUCCCCUUCUUUUCCCUCUCCCAGACAUGAGGCUCCAUCCCACGUGGCAGCGUUGGGUCUGCACCUCUGCACACCUGCACGCUCUGGUCCAUGGCGUGUAACACAGUCUUCCUUAUUCCUCAUUCCCACACUCCCUGGUGAGAUUUACUGAGCCUCCAUCUCUUCAGUUCAGAGUUCCAAAUGUGGCCCAGUAAAUAAAUCAAUGGGAGAGCAUCAGAUUUCAACCAGGAAAAGAUGAAUCCACCCAGAUGCCCCAACACCCUCUCCGGACCCUAUGAGCCCUUCCCUCUUUCUCAGAUGCUAUCUGUGUGACUUCCCCUCAGAUCAUUGUGUGACCGUCACUGCCAUCCUGUUCCACAGCAUCGUCAUCCCCCGACACCCUCUCAGCCGUCACUCCCAUUUCCUCUCCCUCCAGCACCUGGUAACCACGAGUGCGCUUUCUGUCUCUACGGAUUUGCAUAUUCUGGCUGAAAACAUUUCAAUCCGCCUAUGACCUGUGAGCUCCUCACUUCAAGACGUCCCGCCUUUCCAGGCAGAACCAAAGUACACCGUGUGAAAACAAUGACAGGCAUUGACAGUGUGUUGCUGAUCCACGAAAGGAAAAUCACGGAAGUCGGAGAGAAUCCAGCCGAGACAAGACCUCAGGCCAAUGAAUCUUGUCGAGGAGUUGAGCUGUUUCUUCCUACCCACUUGUGACAGUCAGAUAGAAACAUGCAAAAAUGACUGGGGCUGAUUCUUCUCCGACUUCUCCCAAACACAACAGGAGGCCUUGAGUCCCAGCAUUAAAGUGUUAAACAUUCCUGGGUCAAAACCAUUGUUCUGUUUGAAGGAUGUGAAACUGCCUCACAGGAUGGAAUGUUUGGGGAAGGAUCCUGAGAAACAUGAGGGAUCCAAUGUCCUGAACUUUCUAGGACAAAGGGAACAGCCAUUCUCUGUUUACCAUGUAGAAUAAAUACAUUCCAUUAGGGACAUUUUCAAAGACUCAACCUAUUAUGCUUAUAGGUAAAGCGUAAUAUUGUGUACAUGUUAAUAUUUGAGUGAGAAUAUCUUCCAAGUCUCAGUGUGAUUGUGCCAGGCCAAAAAUUUGAGCCAGAUUUCAGCGAUAUCAAGCAGGAGACCCUGGCAUCUGUCGCUGAUUACCCUUGAGGCAAACCUGGCCACCAGCCUUUCCCGUGGAUCCCACGUGUGCCUUGUGACCUCUUGGGUACAAAUCCUGUGAACACACUGACCUCUGCCUUCUACGUGACUGACUUGUAGAGUAUUUUUCCACAUCUCCUGGCCUUCUGUUUUUCUGCUGGGAAGUCCAAUCCCAAUGCGCAUGCCACUCUACUGACAGGCUGAGUUGAAAAUCACAGGCCACAAACAUGGGUUUUAAACUAUAC